AUGGCUGAUGUUAGCAAUGGAUCCAAGGGAGACGACGGCCAGCUACGAGAGCGGCCGUCGGCUAAGCCGCUGCAUCUCAACAACGCAGACGAUGCUAAACAAAAGGUCCUGGAGCUGAAUGACCAAGAAGAUAAGAACCAUAAAGAUGACAACAAGAAACGAACCUAUGGAAGAACUCCAGACGGUACAGUCUUCAUCGUUCCACAGACUCACGACAUGGUCUCACAGCUGCUCUCGCCCUCGCAACCCAAGAACCUGUCCGAUAUAGCAGUCCUCGCUGUGCUUGCUGCCCUGAUCUUGACCUUCGUCGUACUGCCCAAAAGCGCCCGCAUACCUGUAUUCGCAAUCGUCUUCCUCUUCUGGCGCGCCUGUUACAAUGCUGGCAUUGGCUGGUUGCUCGAUGGCCAGUCUAAACACAACCGUCUCGUCCUGUGGGCAAAACAAAGCCAUAUCUUCGAGACGCCUGAAUCAGGCAAGAACCCACGUCCCGCGCUGUACAAGCUUUUGAAGCGGGAAUUAGAGACCAAGAUCCCAAACGACUAUAAGUUUGAAGAGGCGCCGCUCGAGUACAACACGUGGCUUGUGUUCAGGCGCGUCGUAGACCUCAUACUCAUGUGUGAUUUCGUGUCGUACUGCCUUUUCGCCCUCGCCUGCUUCAACCGCCCCCAGGAGAGCUUUUUCUUGUGGCUCCUGCGAUGGACAACUGGUAUUGUCUUAUUCCUUUUCAACCUGUGGGUCAAGCUAGACGCUCACAGGGUUGUAAAGGACUUUGCUUGGUAUUGGGGCGAUUUCUUCUAUCUCAUCGACCAAAGUUUGACGUUUGAUGGCGUCUUUGAGAUGGCACCGCACCCAAUGUACUCGAUAGGCUAUGCUGGGUAUUAUGGUAUUGCCCUCAUGAUGGCGAGCUACAAAGUCCUAGCAAUCUCCAUCAUCGCCCAUGCAGCCCAAUUUGCCUUCCUGUCGAUAGUAGAGGAGCCUCACAUAAAUCGUUUGUACAACCCCCCACCACCCCGCCGUACGCGCCAUAAUUCUGGGGAUCUUGCUAUGGAAGAUCGACCCAAAACUAGCCAGUCUGAUGUGGCCUUCUCCGAGCCAGUCUUCGAUCCCAUCAAGCACCAACCUGCCCAAACGCACCACAUUGUAGGGCCUCUUAAUACGGAUUUCCACCGAUCCAUUGAUCUCACGGUAGUAUUGCUCUCGUUCUACAUGUUUUGCUUGGCUACGCUGACCCCCAACACCUGGCCGGUGCGAACAUUCCUCUUCAUCAACGCAUUCGGGUGGCGGCUUUGGUACGCAUUAGGAUUGGGCUAUAUUCUGGAUCGUCAGUCCAAGAAGAAGAACUGGACAAAACACUUCAUCAAGUACGGCGACACCAAAGAGGAAGCUUGGCGUCAAUGGAAAUCUCUGUACCAUAUGAGUACAACCAUGAGCCAUGCAAGCUUCGUCGCUGUGGCAUGGAAGAUGUACAGUCUCCCAUCGGAUGGCCUGAAUGGUCUUACUCUCUUUCGCCACGUUCUUGGUGCAGGUAUGAUUGUACUCCAGCUCUGGGUUGCCAUGAGCAUCUACGAGUCACUUGGCGAGUUUGGAUGGUUUUGUGGGGACUUUUUCUAUGAUCCACCCUCAAGGUCAUUGACUUACUCUGGCAUCUAUCGUUUCUUGAACAAUCCUGAGCGAGUUCUUGGAUUAGCUGGUGUCUGGGGGGUAGCUCUGAUCACCUGGAACCCGGCCAUCUUCUACCUUGCCACGACCGCACAUGUUCUCAAUCUCGUGUUUCUCCAGUUCGUCGAGAAGCCCCAUGUAAUCAAGUUGUAUGGUCAAAACUUACGCGAAAUGUCUGGUGUCAGCAAAACCGUGCGUCAAGCACUACCAGACCCGGUUCGCCAGUGGCAAUCAGCAGCCGAUGAAUAUCUCAACUCUACCAUGGAGUUCAUCGAGAAAUUCUUGGAUAGUGCAAGACCGAAAGUGGCUGCCAAUGUCGACGCUUUUGUCAAGGACACAACGAGUCUUUUCAAGUCUUACCCAACGCGUAUUCCUGUCACUGGUCGUUCAUCGGAGCCAUCUGGUCUAGAUUCCAAACAGUACAAGCUCGAGGUUGAAGGUACACGCUCACCGCCUACGGUAGAGCAACAAAAGAAUGGUGGUCGAGAAGGAGAACUUGCAAGAACCCCAGCGAUUCGUACAAAUGACUUCAAGACACUCAUCCUCGAGUACGGCGCUCCGAUCAGAGUUCGUUGGCAAGCACCUAUCAACCACAGCAAGAAGGACUGGAUUGGCUUGUACAUGGUCGCCGACAAUCAAUCCCGAGACGUUACACGCAUCAGCUCUAACGGGCGAUGGAUAGCCACCAAUCCAGACGUCUUUGACUCGACUCGAGCUGAUGAUGGCAUUCUCGUCUCUGAUAAACUCCUGCCUGCCAAUGCCGCCGACGAAGAAUCGUCUGAUUGCUACACUGGUGAGGUAGAAUUCCGCGGAGAUAAGCUCUGGUGGACCACUGGUGUCUUUGAGUUCCGCUAUCACCACGGCGGUCGGCAUCACGUAAUGGCACUCUCGCAAGCUUUCGAGAUUCGUAUUCCAAGGUUCGAUGAGGACGAUGUGGAGGUGGAUUCUAAUGGCACGAUCCAACGUGCCGUGGAAGAAACCCUGCUACCCAUUAUCCAGAACUGCUUCGACCACGACCCUGAAAUCGCUCCAUCUACUCCCGAGGAGCCUUUUGGUAGCCUAGUUGAAAGAGACGGGAAGUUUGCGAGACGGGUAGUAUUUGCAGUCCACCAAAUGUUUGGCAUAGAAUUUGCCCCUGAAGUGGUCCAGGCAGAUGGUACAGUCAGUCGACUUGCUUGGCGCAUUCUGAAUGCUAAGAAAGUCUUGGCCCCUUACAGCAUGUCGUCGGCUACCCACGGCAGGAACACCCCAACACUAGGGUGA